UGUAUACAAAUACACUACAGCACUUCAGGUCAAGUACAAAUGUUGUGCGUGUAGUUCUCUCUGUACAUUUUCUGUUUUAAUUUUGAAGUGGUCUCACUGUUAAGGAAAGUGAGAAUUUUGUAACCAUAUUGCCCACAUAUCAAUGUCAAUGAAAAUGUUUUCAAACUUUUUUCAAACCAAAUAAAAAUAAUCUUAUUACAAUGGCAGAGUUUUUAAGUCCACACAUGAGUUUGUGGGACAUGACUAAAUCAGUUUGCACGGUUACAUAUGGUCGAGGGUUUAUCACUUAUUAUGUAAAGAUACAAGACAAGUCCCACAAACUUGGACAUCACUCAAAACUCACAACUCACAACACACACACACAUACACAGCUCUUCAAAGUGAUUUCUGAGUCUAAAACACUUUCAUGUUUCAUCUCUGCUUUGCCCUGCAGGGAUGACUUUGAUAUGUGCUUUUAUGGGAUCAGCUGGAAUAGGAUUUUACACGGUUAUUAUGCCAGAGGUCCUCCCAUGUUUCUGAUCCGCUCUCUGGUCCUCUUCUUCUGCAUAAUCCCCACAUGAUCUACUCAGUCUUCAUUUUCUUACUAGUGGGAAGCCAACGGAACAUGGGGAAUGAUGUCUUCCAUCAGCCAGAUCGCUAGCAAAUCUGAUCAGAUUUGUGCACUUCAUUUAUCCUGCUCUACUGAAUAAGUGACCAAGCGGAAAAUUGUGUGUGAUGGACCAGUGCACUGUAAAACGGGGUACCUGUCUCGUUUUAACUGAAUGGAGGGGACUGCCAUGAUGAACAGGUAUAAAAUCGUGUUGAUUGGCCCACAGUCUUGUGACCAUGUCCAGUGGCGGCUGACUGAUACUGACCCGGUGUAUGUUGAUCAGGCCAAGGGUCUGGUCUGCCUCCGUCUCGUGUGAUUGGACACUGGAUGGAAUUAACGUGAAUGGAACAUAAAGAGCAGGACCUUAACCUGCCAGAGGGAGACGAGACACGGUGGCCGAAUGGAUUGAAGAGAAAAAGAAGGAACAGUCAAUGCUCUGUGAAGAGCCCGUCUGUGAAGAACAUCUCCGUUCCAGGGUAUGUUCCCAGCUAUCUGGACAAGGAUGAGCCAUGUGUGGUGUGUGGGGACAAAGCCACCGGCUACCAUUACCGAUGCAUCACAUGUGAGGGCUGCAAGGGUUUCUUCAGGAGAACUAUACAGAAAAAUCUUCACCCAUCGUAUUCCUGCAAGUAUGAUGGCUGCUGCAUCAUUGACAAAAUCACCCGUAACCAGUGCCAGCUGUGUCGCUUUAAGAAAUGCAUCUCUGUGGGCAUGGCCAUGGACUUGGUACUGGAUGAUUCGAAACGCGUGGCCAAGAGGCGUCUGAUUGAGGAGAACCGGGAGCGGAGGAAGAAAGAGGAGAUCGUGAAGACUCUGCACGAUCGACCUGAGCCUACGGUCUCCGAGUGGGAACUGAUCCGCAUGGUGACGGAGGCUCAUCGCCACACCAAUGCCCAGGGCCCGCACUGGAAACAAAAACGCAAGUUUCUGCCUGAAGACAUUGGACAGUCUCCAGCCCCCACAUUAGAAAACGACAAAGUUGACCUGGAGGCCUUUAGUGAGUUUACCAAGAUCAUCACCCCUGCUAUCACGAGAGUUGUGGACUUUGCCAAAAAACUGCCCAUGUUCUCUGAGCUGCCUUGUGAAGACCAGAUCAUCCUGCUGAAAGGCUGCUGUAUGGAGAUCAUGUCGCUGCGCGCCGCCGUGCGUUAUGACCCCGAGAGCGAGACCCUAACCCUGAGUGGAGAGAUGGCGGUCAGUCGAGAGCAGCUGAAGAAUGGGGGGUUAGGUGUGGUGUCUGACGCCAUCUUUGAUUUGGGCAAGAGCCUCUCGCAGUUCAACCUAGACGACUCUGAGGUGGCGCUGCUGCAGGCUGUAUUGCUCAUGAGCUCAGAUCGUUCAGGUCUGACAUGUGUGGAGAAGAUCGAGAAUUGCCAGGAGAAGUACCUGUUGGCGUUUGAGCACUACAUCAACUAUCGCAAGCACAACAUCUCACACUUCUGGCCCAAGCUGCUGAUGAAAGUCACAAACCUGCGGAUGAUCGGAGCAUGUCACGCCAGUCGCUUCCUGCACAUGAAGGUGGAAUGUCCCACGGAACUAUUCCCCCCACUCUUCCUGGAGGUCUUCGAAGAUCAGGAGGUGUGAUCAAGAGCCACAUGGGGUGGGGGGUGUGCAACGGGGCAAACCAUGAAUGGUGAAUUUGUUUGUGUAAAGCAUAACAGAAGCACUUCUUUUUCCACAUAUGCCGAUUUGGGACAUGUUUUUUUUUUAUGUGCACCUUUUGCUUUGUCCUGGACACUUCUUUGACCCCUCAAGAUUCCUCUCGCUGUCAAAAAAAAGCUAGCAUGCAUCAACCUACCUCUCAUACCAACAUACCUCCCAACUUCUGAAGGAGUUUAUUUUAAAAGCGUGACAAAGCUAUUUCAGAACCUGUUUCAGAAACGCUUCAGUCGCUUUUUCCAAGCCAUCAGAACAUCCUGAUUGGGAACAGCUUUCAUCUAAAACUAAUGCUCAAACCACAAUAGUAUUUUGGCAUUCACGUUUCUCUUUGGAGCUUCGAAAUAUCUCCUUUGUAAACAACUACCUGUGUGCUCACAUACAUUCUGUACAUACAUUAAUAUGUUGUGUGAACUUGUCUGGGUUUGAACCGUCUCAUACCUCAUAAACACCAGCAUACAGACAUACAUGUAGCAGCAUACAGACAUACAUGCAGCAACAUGUACAUAUGUGAACCUGGACAACAAAAUGGGUCUUAUGGGUACAUUUUUCGAAAUUGAGAUUUUUACAUCACCUGAAAGCUGAAUAAUUAAGCUUUCUGAUGUACAGGUUGUUAGGAUAGGACAAUAUCUGCUAGAGAUACAACUGUUUAAACUGAGGGUGCAAAAACAACUUAUUGGGAAAGUUGCCUUUAAGGUUAUAAAUCAGAGGUCCUGUAGCAGGACAUCCACUCAGAAAAAAAGUUUGUAUAUAUUUAGGGUAUUUACAAAAUGAUUUCAUGGAAAAUGAUCUUUACUUAAUAUCCUAAUGAUUUUUGGCAUAAAGGGAAAUUCAAUAAUUUUGACCCAUUCAAUGCAUUUUUGGCUUUUACUAAAAAGGUUCCUGUUCUACUUAAGACUGGUUUUGUGAUCCAGGGUCACAUAUAUACAUGCUUGUGAAUCUACCCGCACCAACACGUCUUUCAUCUUACAAUGCUGUGUAUACAGUUCUCUCAUACUUGAUACAAAACCAGUGUACUUGGAUUGCAUUUGUUACUUGUGACCUCAUCUUCUAUAGUCUGUUCUAUAGUCGACAGAGGUGUUUUUUCCUGAUGACAAUGAAAGCGGAAGGGUUCAUAAUCACAUUCACUUUUCACUUUAAGCGUUGGAGGAAUGUAUUAGUGUAGCACUGGGUACAAUGAGGCUAACACACAAAAAUAUAAAUAAUUACUUAAGUAAAUAAUGUGCCGAUUCAGUCAUCUUUGCCGUUUUUAACCUAUCAAGUAUUUUAGUAUAACGGUCGGGUAUGACAUGCUGCAGUUUGAAACUUUUUUGGUUAAUAAUAAACAACAAAAGUUAUUGAGCAAGUACUUAAAAACAUACUUUAUUUAUAGUAGGUGAGUUCUGCAUCUUUUAGCCUUGCUGUACCCUCCAUCUUCACUGUUUUUAAAAGUGUAGAGCCUAUAGUUUGGAUGAAUCUGAAAUGAAUCCCACAUACCUCUCCAUGACUGUAAACAGACUCUACCUCACCCCUCACAUGACACUCACAUGACAUACACAUUUCUGCUUAAAUGUACAUUUACACUACAAUGACACGCGUGUACAGUAUGCCCAGCUCGCCACCUGUCUUUACUUCUCUUUCACUUUAUGAUGUCGGACCAAGUGUCAGUCUUGCUCCCUGGUUUUUGAGGACAAUGAAAUUUUGCUUUGAGGAAGCUCUGGAACCACAUUUCUACAGUCCCCUUGCCUCCGAAUCUGAUCUAUUAACUUCCACCUGUCAAUCCACCUCCCUCCUUCGAGACUCAAAGCCAUACAUGAAAAACUUGACACAAACUCCUGCCCAGCAGAGUACACAGCUGGACCUCAAAGCACCUGCUCAGCUUCUCUGGUUCAAAUGCAUAGCAGCCUUUUUGACCGAUACUGUGUCAGUCUGAUUAUAAAACAACCAGGAUUAUGACUCCAUGUGACGUGGCUUCUACUAAAUCUGCUGAGAGUGACACAAAGCGGCACGAGGACAAACUCACUGUGACUAGCCAAUCAGGCUUGAAGCUCCCAUGAGACCCCAAGCCCCACACCUGACUCAGGCACAAUCCAAUCCACCAGCACUGCCCACAGUCUCUACUGCACCAGCAAGGGUCAAUCGACCUGCCCACAGAUCCUGUUAUUAUAACAGGAAAUCAGGAAGCCAUCUUUUCUGGAUUUAUAAGCUUGAUUUACAGCACUUAAAUUAGAAAAGGAUUCGCUCCUUCACAUUUAGAAAAAUCAAUGUUGAUUGGGACUUUGACUCUUAAAGGGGUCAUAUCAAUACAUAUGUACUUCUAAAAAUGAAUUUAAUUUCAAUAAAUGCUUAUUGAAAUUUAGCUGCAAACAGCAAAAAAAAGGCAUGAUAUGAUCCUUUUAACGGAUGUAAAAAUGUUGUCUAUUAAAAAGCCCUCUGAAAUGCUUACAGGGGGCAAUAAACUCUAGCUGCCUCUGGAUUCAAUAAAUCCCUUGUCCCCGAUCUGGGAUAUAUAGCGUUAAAUCAUAUCUGAGGUCCAAAAUUUGUGUUAAUGUGUGAGAAAGAACCGCCAUUCCAUUAUUAAAGCUAUCCUGUCCUAUCUUCUGAUAUGGAAAGUAGAAAAUAAAAGGACGCCACAUUUUCUAUGCGAGAAACAUUGCUUAUUGGGGACUUCUGGCUGUCAUGCAUCACUCUACCUGAUUUUGCCAAGAAGUUGAUGUCCUCGGGACAACAUAUUUUGUUGACCAAAGGACAACAUUUUUAUAAAUAAACCUCAACCAAACCCUAACCAUAAUUUAUCCCUAAAAUUAGAGGGAAAUGAUAAGUGAAAAACAAUGGUGUACAAACACCUAAUCCUGGUUGCAAGAUUAAAUUUAAAAUAAACUGCAAAUUUAUUUCUGAAAUCUGAUUGGUUGAUUUAAAUGUUCCAGGUUCAACAUGAUGUGGUUCUAAGGAUAUCAACCACUUGGCAAAAACAGGAGAGCCGUCAUGGCAUCAUGCAGUUUUUUUUUAAUGCUGUGUGGACAUUCUGCUGAUGGAAUCCUGCUUUUGGAUGUUAAAAUUGGACUGUGAAUUUUGAGUGAAUGGAUUGUGAUAGCAGAGGAGCAAUUGUUCAAUCAGUGCGAAACUAAAGUCUGAACAAAGUUCAUUUCAAACACUGUGCAUUUUUGUAAUUGUGUUUCAAUAUAAACUGUAUUUGUGGGUUUGUAAAUGCUAAGUGUGGACAGCCAAUGUGCUCCUUGUUGUUUUCUGUUCGCUUUCACACAUCUGAGUAGUAUUUAUACGCUGUCUGACUGUCUUAUCGGUAUGCUCCUGCAGUGAUCUGUAGAUUUCAAUCAUUGGAUCAAGAACAAAAACUUAAGUGAGAGCUUUUCAUGUAGAGCCAAACUCAUGUCUGUGAGUCAAUGUUAAACAUAAAUCAGCAGUUCUCACUCUUCCAGUAUCUUUAGCCAAUUUACAGAAUGCCAUGAUGUGAAGUUGCCUUCAGUGGUAAGAUUGAAAUUAAAUUAGGUUUGGAUAUAAAGCUCUGACCGGAUUUGCUUUUGAAUCCCACUUUAAACUGAGAAAAGCAUCCACCCACAGGACGUAUCUACAGCAAAUCUGAAGAGAAGAUACGCCUUUUAAAGCUAAACCAUGACCAAUACCUCAAUCUGGACUCCAUCUCAGGAGCACACCAUUAUAUUUAGUUUAAGGGUUUAACCCACAACAGGACCUCACAUACUCUUAAAGGGGUUGUUCCCUCGUGCUUUUGUUGGUGAGACAUGCAAUGAGAAUGUAAGCAGAAUGAUCACCAUUCACUUUAAAAGUAUGGAAAUGGUGCCUGGCUGCUUCUCUAAUAUUCUUACUUUCAUGUCUCUUGAAUAGCAUGAGGGACAGUGAAUGAUAGCAGAUGGGGGAUGCAUCUAGUGAUGCAAAAUUGCUGUUAAAUCAUUUCUGUAGCACUGUACCCUGCAAUAUUGUCAUUCCAACCUGUGAUAGGCCUUUGUUAGCUUGACUUUCCAUUUCCGCAAUGCCUCGGUUAUAUGAAUAAAAUGUUAUUUUCUUUUUUGAGGGGAUGACAAGAUCAGCACAUUUUAGAAUGGUCUCAUUUGUCGCUUGGUAAAAACAGAUAUUUGCUUUCAGCAGUUACGUUUGCAUGCGUCACCAAUUUGACUAUCAAGAUCCUUCUUUUCACAUGCAGGAAUGCUGUGAAGUUAAACGUUCUUCUUUUGCUGUACAAUCAAACUAUGUAUUUCCCAAGUCAGAGGAAGGCAGGAAAGCAUGUGGGAAUGGUUUCAGAGUAACUCAGGUAUGUGUGCUGCUUUUCACCACAGUAAAUGUUAAUAAAUGUCUGUUGUGAAGAC